AUGGGCAAAUUUUCCAAAGCCAUGGCGAGCUUCAUGAAGAGGUUCAAGAAGAAGCGUAGGCUUUCGACGGAGCUGCACGAUCGCUGGGGUGAUCCUGCGAUCAGUUACCCCAACGAGGGGUCCUGGAACCAGUGGAACCAAACUUCAGGAUUUGUGGCCAAUGCUUCUAUAGAGCCCCCUCGUCAUCUCCAACCAGAUCAUUCACGACAUUAUGGUUCACCUCCUCUCCAACCCCUCCAAAACCAAGACUGGGAUGGUUUCAAUCCCCACGCCAUCCAACAAAACCAUCCACCAGAGUCCAUACAAAAAGGGUCGAACUUCCCCAAGGGAUACUUUGAUGCAAAUAUCCGGCGUCCCGUUGUGAAGACGUCGACUCUGAGACCGCCAUUCCCGGGUUUAGGGAUAGAUGGUACUCAACACGAUAUAAGGCGUGAAAUCCCAGACAUAGACAGCAUGGAUGAUCCAGCUGCCGAUGAAUCUUGCGACGAAGAUGACGACGAAGAGGACGAGGAACGCGAUACCUUGGGCGACAGUCGAUGCUUGGCUCUACGUGGCUGCGCUACUGAAGAUACUGUUCCACGACACGUGGUCCGCGAUGACUGUGACUCCUUUGAUCGCGCUGCAAAAUCGCCGGCGCUAUCCAUCACAUCUCGUAUGCGCCGAGUGAGUAUACAAUCCUCAACCACACAAGCUUCCUCCGUGGCUGGUAGCUCCAGACGCACUAGCUAUACCGCAGCAUCAUCUGUCUCUGCGCCUUCUCUCCCUCCGGAUACUCCUAGAUAUCCACCACAGGCUAUCUCUCAUGCCAUGAAAAUGGCACAAGCAGAGAAGCGACCGCCAGUCCCUCGUCGAAAGACCCGAGAGCCCGAACCUACCCCUCCGACUCGACAAGAGAUGGUACCAUCCUAUGAUGACCUUUUUGGUUGA